UGCGCUGUGCUGUCGUCCGUUCGAUUUCGAAUUUCUCGAUCGUCCAGUGAGCGUCCGCACGGUGCAAUUAUUGUCGCACCACACUGUUUAGUUCGAAUUUUUGAUUGAGCGUCUCGUAAAGACAGUAAUUGAGAUGGAGUUGAACGAAGAAAUAUUCAAAGCCAUUUUUCUGAACGAUUUGGACGGGUUGCGGAGGAUUUUCGUCAAACGCAAAAUCGGCACGUGGAACCUGAUGGACAAACGAGGCAUGGCACCGAUCCACUACGCGGCGUUCAGAGGCAACUUGGAGAUCGUCAGCUGGCUCGUGGCCGAGGGCGCCGACGUUAACUAUGGCAAAAACAAGUAUCCGAAUUCUCCUUUGCAUUUCGCCGCUCUUAACGGCAGCGUUGAGGUAUGUAAACUAUUGUUGGAAGCCGGCGCCAGGAGACAUGUGACAAACAGCAUAGGCCGCACCGCGUCUGAGAUCGCUAUUGAUACCGGCAAUUUUCAAUGUGCUACGCUGAUCAACAACUACUUGCCCAAAGUAGAAGUGAUGUGUUUCGCGGUACUGGAUUCUGCUGAAAAUGAACCGAAGUUGUCACCCGCAAUGGCCGAACUCGUUUACAAAUAUGUUAUGAUGACUAAUAUUCAUCCAGUGAAAGUGAUCUAUGAAAUACCAAAUGUUUUUCUGACUAAAGAUAACGCAUUAAAAAUUUUCGACGUGUUGCAUUUGUUGAGCAGGCGUGAAUUUGAAAAGCAUCACGAUACAAAAGAAAUGCUGUCUUUCAAAUUUCAUUAUUUGGCUACCAUGCUCUUUGAAAUCGCCAGACCAAAUGAUGUUGGAAGUAAAAAACCAUCAGAUCUCAAGGACGCAUUUACUCAAAAAAUAUCUAAGAGCCAUAACUUUUUGGAUCAAUUUCUUCAUGAUUGCAUUGUAAAGUUCUCGUUCAAGGAUUCUACACUUUUUAGAAGAAUGGUGUCUUAUAUGACACAAGGCAUGGAUAGUAUGCGAUCUCUUGACAUCAUAUUGUUAGUGAUUGGAAAUAAACGUGCUAAGACUGGGGAAUCCGCUAACAAACUGCCUAUAGUAUGCGGUGCAUGUGAAGACAUUAAUGUUUCAAAGAAAUGUCCCAAAUGCAAGACCGUACAAUAUUGCAGCCGCGAGUGUGUGCGCAUUCAUACAGCUAUGCACAAGAAGGAAUGUAAGCAAAUACGCGAGGAAAUCAAAGCUUUGAAAUCAUCUAACGAGACUUCCGCUUUGGGCAGAUGCUUAUCCAAACUGGGAUUCAAACGAAAUUAAAUAAAAACAACAAUCGUAGAUACAUAAUUUAGUAGAUAUAUCAUGGCAUAAAAAAGUAGAUUUUUUUUUUGAUUUAGUUACA